AUAAAAGCACUAUAAAUGUAUUUGAAAUCAUAUCAGGAGUUGACAUCCAUGAUUAUUUUUACCUAUAGACCUAAGAAUUCAGAGUUUAGUCAUGCCAAAUAAGACAUCAAUUAGAGAAUUUAUUCUUCUGGGAAUUACGGAUGACCCAAAGUUACAAGCUGUGAUAUUCUUCUUUCUAUUGUUCACCUACUUAUUGAGUGUAAGUGGAAACAUGACCAUCAUCAUCCUAACACUAUCGAAUGUUUGUUUGAAGACUCCCAUGUAUUUCUUCCUCAGGAAUUUCUCUUUCUUAGAAAUUUCAUUCACUACGACCUGUAUUCCUAGGUUUCUGGCCAGCAUCGCUACAGGAGACACAACCAUAUCCUAUAAUGCUUGCAUGACACAAAUAUUUUUUUUAAUCCUUUUGGGAUCUACAGAAUUUUUUCUUCUGACUAUAAUGUCUUAUGAUCGCUAUGUGGCUAUCUGCAAACCUCUAUAUUACACAACUAUCAUGAAUAACAAAGUCUGCAACCAGCUUAUUAUCAGCUCCUGGCUGGCCGGUUUCCUCAUUAUCUUUCCCCCUAUGACUAUUGGCCUCCAACUGGAUUUCUGCGACUCUAAUAUAAUUGACCACUUCAUUUGUGACGUUUCUCCUGUGCUGCUGAUUGCUUGCACAGACACAAAGUUUCUAGAGCUUAUGUCAUUUUUCUUAGCAGUAUUCACACUCAUGGGAACUUUGGCCUUGGUGAUCCUCUCUUACACACUCAUCCUUAGGACAAUUCUGAGGAUUCCCUCUGCUCAGCAAAGGAAAAAAGCCUUUUCCACUUGUUCCUCCCAUAUGGUUGUGGUUUCCAUUUCUUAUGGGAGUUGCAUUUUCAUGUAUGUAAAAACAUCUGCAAAAGAAGGUGUGGCUUUGAGCAAAGGUGUAGCAGUACUUAAUACCUCUGUUGCUCCCAUGCUGAAUCCUUUUAUUUAUACCUUAAGGAAUCAGCAAGUGAAGCAGGCCCUGAAGGAUUUUGCCAAAAAAAUGUUAUUAUCAAACAAGCACUAACUAUUAUGAAAUCUGUAGCUGAAACCACAAAU